GUGCGGGAGGAGUGCCAGGCGAGCUCUGCUCAGGGGCACCUCCAGCAUCCUGCCAAUGAGGAUGGGCGUGCAGACUGUGCCCCGGAGCUGAGCCACCGCCUGCUGGGUGUAGGCUGCUUCAGUAUUUACUGGAUAUGACAAACAGGGAAAAGAGAUUUCAGCGGGGCUGCUUGCUGCCCGGCUUGAGUGGUGGGAGGUGUAUAGUGCAUGCAUGCAUGUGUAGACGUGUGUGCGUGCCCGUGUGUGCCUGCGUGUGCAUGCACACAUGCCUUUCACCCGCCAAGGAUUUGACUGCUAAAAAAAAGAUCUGCUCUUUCCCCAGAGCUCCUUAACCCGCAGCCUCUCUGACCAUCCCGCUGGCAAAGACCCGCAGGCCAUGAGGACUGGUCAAAGGCGGUGAGAGGACGUGAAAGGGUAAAUCCCUGUGCCCCCCGCAGUCUUAUCUCCCGCCCUGACGUCCCCGCACACCGGCCAGAGGGUUAGCUGUAAGCGGGUGCCUGUAUGGCCGCCUUACUGAUGCCGCGCAGGAACAAAGGGGUGAGGACUCGGCUGGGAUGCCUGUCUCACAAGUCAGACUCCUGUAGUGACUUCACAGCGAUUCUUCCUGACAAGCCCAACAGGGCUCUGAAGAGACUUUCCACAGAAGAAGCCACGAGAUGGGCCGAUUCCUUUGACGUGCUUCUCUCCCAUAAGUAUGGGGUGGCUGCGUUCCGCGCCUUCUUGAAGACGGAGUUCAGCGAGGAGAACCUGGAGUUCUGGUUGGCCUGUGAGGAUUUCAAGAAGACCAGGUCAACUGCAAAACUGGCCUCCAAGGCCCAUAGGAUUUUUGAGGAGUUUGUGGAUGUGCAAGCUCCGAGGGAGGUAAACAUAGACUUCCAGACCCGAGAGGCCACGAGGAAGAACAUGCAAGAGCCAUCCCUGACUUGCUUUGACCAAGCCCAGGGAAAAGUCCACAGCCUCAUGGAGAAAGACUCUUACCCCAGGUUCCUGAGGUCCAAAAUGUACUUAGAUUUGCUGUCCCAAAGCCAGAGGAGGCUCAGCUAGACCUCAGAUGGGGACUCUUGGAGAUCACUGGCUUUCCCCGCCCCUUGCUGCCAAGACCAUAUUCUAAUGUGAAAUGUUAUAGGUGUUCAAAAGCACUGGUAUUUAGGCUGGGAGGCUGGGAUGAGGAAGGGAUGAAGGGCCAUUCCAAAGUGUAAUCCAGUCACCAGAACUGGGACUCUAUUUCAUUUACCCAUGUUUGUGUUUUGGUUAGUGGUAGCACCUCGCUGCAGUCACCCUUCUCUGGGUCAGCAACUUGCCCUCCAUAAUGCCUUGGGUCAUCUUCGCUGAGAAGGCAGAUUUGCUAGGCUGGAUUAAUCUGUAAAUAAUACAAAUGCAGUCUCCAUCCCUUCCACAGCCUCCUCAGUUAGGAUCCCUGACACUCUAACUUGUCCUGUACCCCUAUGAGGAAUAGCUAGAAGACUGGCUCACAUCUGUGAUUUGCUAUCACAGUGUAAUGGCCAGUCUUGGGUGCUGGGACCUCACAGUUUAAGAGAGAGGUCUCUGUGGAAUCCCACCCAGGUUUCUAGCACUAUCAUUGACAGAUGUUCUCUGGGAGAAUGGGAAAACUCCAUGGAGUUGGCUAUUUCUUCCAUUUCUGUAGGACCAGUAUGAAAAGUUGUGCUCACUGCCCAUCUUAUUCUAGGAAAUUCACAAGACACCUCUACCUUGCAAGACCCUUCCAGAAAGGGUCUUGGGAGAUAUACUCAUGACUUUUGAUGUGGAGCUGCUAUUAAGAGAGAUACAGCUUGCAAAUCUUCCUAAAUUAGAUCAAGAAGUUUCCCAGAAGUUGAACAACCAGGAAAUGUAGCACCAGUAGACCUUUGUGCAGUGGGGCACCAUAUAACCUUUCUGCUGCUUAAUGUAUUCUCUGCCCUCACCUCCUUGUGGCAUCACACACCACCAAUCUCUUAGAAUGACUGACAGCUUGGCAAAGGGAGGUGAAUCCCAUAGCAUGGACAGCUCUCAUGGUGCCUAAUUCUCUCCCUGUCUCUCUCUGCCCCCCGACCAUGCAGGUCAUGUAAUUAUGAUGGGGGAGAAUGGAAACUUAGGCCAUAACUCUUUUUACAGCUUGCUUCCUGGGAGCAUGCUUUCUUAGAAAGGUCCUUCUCAUGAGGGCCAUCUUGGCUAUUCAGCAGCUUCUUUCUUGAUCUCUGACCUUUCGGGAUUGAAUAUGAGGCUAAGAAGAUCACUGUGAACAUUUGGCUAUGGAGAACCUUCCUAAAAUGUUUUCAUGGUACCCUCGGGCUGCUCUUGGAAAUAUAUCAGGAAACUCUUUCUUGGGGGAUGAGCGAGACACAUGGAACCUACUCUAGCUGCCCAAGAAAAAGAUGAUUUUGGCACAAGACUGCAGUGCCAAGGAGAUGAAUCCUCAGCAGAGAUUCUUCCAGAAAGUAGAAGAGGACCCUGGAAGAGGCUGGUCUCCAGGUGAACUGAAUCACUGAGAACAUGGCAAAGAAACUACUGGGAUCAUUCAAAGUCGAUGGAUUUGGAGGCAUGGCAGAUCUCCAAAGCUUUCAGCUUGACUAAAUGGAACAGCAUCUGGUUAGGCGUAAGCUCUGGAGUGCAGGUGAUUGAGAAGUGGGCCGAAGCAUUCUCCUCUUGUGGGGUGAUGGGACUUUUUUAGACAUUCAGGGGUUCCAGUGUUUCCAUUCCUGUCCAGAACUUCACAAAUUUCUUCCUUCCUUGGCUACAGCUAUGCAAGGCCAGGAAGGCUCUCGAGUCCCACUGGUGUUGGGUCCAUUGCCCGGCCAUGGCACAUCAUAUCCAUGAGUGAAGAUUGGUGUGUCCGUAUGAACCACCAAGAGCAAGAGAACACAUACCUCUAGUUCUCACAUUGAAGAGACCAGUGGUAUUUCAUGUUCAAGAACUGUGAAGCCUCAAAUGGGUGUUCCUAGUUAGAUCAGGUAGUAUUACCCUGCCCCCACUUGUAAAAAAUCAUCCUUAGCUAAAGCUGCCAGAAUUAAUGUAAUGAUCAAAUUCUUGAACAGGGUAUUUUAAACAUUGUUUACAUAUGAAAUGUGCAUCUGCUGCCAACUCUACUGUUGAAUAUGAGAUGCAUAGAAAUUGGAACAGCACAGAGUUAUGGAAAUCUGAACCAUUCUAAGAGGGGCCUUUUUACCACUUCCACUAUCCCCAGGAGAAAAGUCCAAACUAGAGUGUCAUGCCGUGGCCUCAUUGGGGCCCUAGAGUUCUUGCCAAAUGUUGGUGGAAUGAAGGCUAUAGUUGGUGGUGUCAUGGUGCCUGGUGACUUCCUCCCACGAUGGCGAGGCAGGAAG